GUGUACAUCUUUGUACUUAAAAUGGGGCAUAUACGUGCCUGUGUACCAGGGUGUCGUCACGCUCUUUGUGGUGCUCAAUUUUUCUCUAGCAACAUUCAUGGAUCCAGGAGUCAUACCCAAAGCUUCAACAGACGAAGACCGGGAUGACGAUUUCCGAGCGCCACUGUACAAGAAUGUGGAGAUAAAUGGCAUCACAGUCCGAAUGAAAUGGUGUGUCACAUGCCACUUCUAUCGGCCCCCCCGUUGCUCACAUUGUUCUGUCUGCAACCACUGCAUAGAGACAUUUGACCACCAUUGCCCAUGGGUCAACAAUUGCAUUGGUCGACGGAACUACCGCUAUUUCUUCAUGUUCCUGUGCUCUCUCAGCAUUCACAUGAUAUCCAUCUUCACCUUCAGUCUUAUACACGUGCUUGACAAGAAGGAUAGUUUGACUGAAACGACCACCAUUGUGAGCAUGGUGGUAAUGGGAGUUAUAGCAGUACUGUUCAUACCCAUCCUUGGCCUGACGGGCUUCCACAUGGUAUUGGUUAGUCGUGGCAGGACAACCAAUGAGCAAGUCACGGGCAAGUUCAGAGGGGGCUACAACCCUUUUUCACGGGGGUGCUGUCGAAACUGUUGCUAUAUAUUGUGUGGCCCCCAGUAUCCAAGUAUCAAACGACCAGCAAAAUAUAUAGGGAGAUAUAGGUUCACUCCAUCUUUGAGUCCCCCAGCACCAGUGUCGACAAUAACAAGUCAGAGUCAAGUACGAGUAUAUAUGGACAAUGGUGUUCAGGCACCUAAUUCUACAGCCUACAGUCAACUGGUGGAGGGGGGAGGGGCCGGAGCAUCAUCUUCGGUCACAGUGAGCACGGGCGGGGCAGGAGAGUGUGAUGACAACAGCCAGCCCCCUCCUGGAAUGAGUCAGAGUCAGGAUUGCGAACCCACACCACCCUUGCCCAGGCAUCCCUCGAAGACUAACUUCUUCCAGCCAGAUGCACCGCCCACACAUCACCACCCGUCGUACCAUCACCACCACCACCACCACGCGUACGUGGACUCCCCUCGUAAGGCAAAUGCUAAUCAGCAGGUCACAAGGCCCCCGCGAUCGCCAAACUCCUCGAGACCACGAGGCUUGGACGGGCGGUCACGAUCCACGACUCCAGACCCUCUAUCUCCAGACCGCCCAAUGCAGACGUCUCCACCAGUCCCUGGGGGUCCACGCACAGGACCAUCUAGUCCUAGUGGUCAGCAGGUCUACCAGGGUGUUCCAGGUUCUCCAACGUUACAUCAUCGCAUGAAACAGCUGGGAGGGGUUCCAACACCUCUGGCCAUGUCAUCUCCUCUUCGUCGAUCGAACCCCAGUACUCCUACACAACCUCGACGUCCUGAUUUCAUUGGGAUUGGCAAUGAAGGAAACAGAGUUCCACCACAGUACUACCCACAGUACUCAUAUGAACCACCUCAUAGUUCACACCAGAAUGGUUCACCACAACGUCGGUACAUGUCAGAAUCAGAGUUAAUACGGCAGCCACCAGAAACAGGUGGACAAUAUCCUCGUACCACUACAAUGUUUGAUAACAUUCAAGAAUUAGCUGGUUCACCACAACAUGGUCAGUACACUUGGAGGGAUCAGUCACCUCCUCAGUAUUGUCAAGGUGGUCCCAGUAACCCUAACGUUGUCUACCAGACUUGUGGCUCUCAAGAGUAUAGAUCAAACCCAACAAGUCCAACUCAAACAUGUCCUGCACCUCAUUAUUAUCCACCAAUACACCAUAGUCAAAUGGCAGGUCCACAUGGUGGCCAUUAUCCCCCAACUCAUCAGCCAUCAUACAAUCAGCACAUGAGCCACCAAGGCCACCAGGGAUAUCCACCCCAGCAACAGAUGGUUGGGCGACGCAACUCAGGACCAAGUUAUGUUGGGCCACAGUCACCACAGAUCAGACGAAAGAAUUAUGCAGGAGGUCUUGUUACUCCUCCUACACCAACAGAGAGUGGUCGGCCAAGUCCUGGUCAGAAGAGACCAGUUUCUUUUGUGAGGUCUUUAGAUAUGAUGGACAGUAUAGAGAUGUCAUCACGAGGUCCUCCCCAUCAUCAAGGUCCUCAUGGACCUCCACAUGAAGGUCACCAUGCAGUGAUACAUAGCCAGAGGUCUCAUGGGGGUACGCUCAGCCCAACACACACUCCCAAGCCUGACCACCGUCUGACAACACCACAAGAUCUUGACCGACGAUCAGCAUAUGAUAUGAACUAUGAAAUCAGUGUGUGAAGUACUAACAGCCUGCUGCAGAUGCCUAAGAAUUUGAGUGUGUUUUUCAUGUUUGUCUGUAUGUAUGUGUGAACUUGUCGACCAAGACAUUAGAGCAGCAGCAGGACAUAACUGAACUGAAGAACAUUGAUAAGUGUGAAGGUGGUGACGUGUGACAUUGUGCCAAGCUGAACUGUCCAGAUGAGAUAUAAAGGAGGUCAAAGCAACCUGGAAAAUGAAAUAUUAACAAGAAAAUUUGAACUGACCAAGGUACUGACCUCUUCAUAAGAGAACUGGGCAAUUCUUGCCAAGUGUGCACCUAUGCUAGUCACAAAUGUUUCUUUUAGGAGCCAUGACUUGAAAUAAGACAUUAUAAAAAGCUUAGUGUAGUGCAGCUGGGGCAUUCAUGGACAAUUGCUGUGGCUGUGGUAAUGCCAGUAGCUUGUUUGUUGCCCUUGUGACUCAAAAUUGUUUUAUUUUUUUCCUUUCUUUUAGAAGAUGGGCAUUUAAGAGCAUUCAUUGUUUUGAAUUGAAAGAAAUUAUGCUCUUAUAAAACAUAAAUUGAGGAGAAUUUAUUUCCUGAUUCUUAGUGAAAGAAAAAAGUGAGCCAAAGAUGGCAUCAUCAAAUAUUCCCCACAGAACACUUACAGAACAGUCUUGUCAGGCGCCUCACCACCACUUACACCAGCCCUGUAACUCAUCAACCACAAGCCCUGGGUAGGAGUUGGCAUGCCUCCACAGCCCUUAGAAACUCGGAAGGCUCACAGUAGACCAACAGCCCCGCAAACCAGGACCCACACACGCUGUUCCACCUGCCUCCAACAUUCCUGUUCUGUGUAUAUUUCAUGUAUUUAUACACCUCCCAUCCUGGUAUUGAAUAUAGCCAUACACAUUUUCAUUCUCUGCUACAAUCAUAUUCCAAAGUAGAUGAUUACAGUUUGAAAGAAGAAUUAGUAAUUAUAAUGGAAAUCUGUUUCACAGGAACCUUAAUUUUCAUCUCAAUUUCAUUAGGCUUAUAAUGUUCACACAUAAAUGUAAAGAUUGUGAUUAUUAGAUUUCGAUUCAUUGACAAUCAUGGUUUUUAAUAGAUGAAAGUGCAUAUGUCUAAUGAAAGCUAAAGUUGUGCAUAUUGAAAUGGCCAUUGCAGAUUGCAACCUAAGUAACCCCAUCAGGAGAGUGAGGAAAGUUUUUGUCAAGUAAAGACAAUUAUUCUUUCUCUCCAUCUUUUUCGUCUUCCCAGGAUAUUAGCUGGUACUGGUACUUGGCCACCACCAUUGAACAGUGUCUCGAGAAGGAUGGACAUGAAGACUUGGAUAUAAGAAUUUUUUCAGUGCAGCUCAAUGAUAGAAGCUAUUGUUUACAAGGCUGGAUUAGCAGUGAUUGAUUAUAGUGAUGGUGAUCUUGAUUGCGAUUUUUGCGCAAGGUUGGAGUUUCAAUUACAAUUAACCAAUAAUGUAAUUGUGUUUAUAUUGAUUAUUGAAUGAUUUUACAAAUGUUUUCUCCCAUGAUUUUAUUGUUUUAUAAAUUUUAAUAUUGUUAAUGUUUAUUGAUUUUAGCAGGAAAAAUUAUCUUUCAGCAUAAUUACUCUAGAAACUAACUUAUUCAUCAGAACUUCAAGCUACAUUAACAUUCAAGGGUAUGCACAUGCUCUUCUGUUCUUUUCUUGAUACAGUUGUUUUAAAUCAGUAGUGAUUAAAAAAAAAUGGAGAUAUAAUUGAAGUUCUUGUGGAAAGACAAUCAUAAACAAAAGUACCAACUGAAUACAUUGCUCCUUUUAAGUCAUAAAUAUUUGGAUUAAAUAGGUAUGAGAGUUGAGUAACAUAGAUAUUACCAUGGCAUUGAGUGCUGAUGUUGAAAAGGAAUGAGCUGUGACCAGUAGUUGAUGUAAGGGUAUGUUUAAUGAUAUCCAUCUUAUAGAGCAUGUUUUUGACAUCUUUGGCACUGUGCCAACUGUGUUUAUAUAUUGCUUGACCAUCACAGUGUUGAGGCUGGUGAAUUACUUCAAAAGGAAAGAUUUGUACUGAAAUCCUGUUCUAUUUUGAGUAUAGCAUAUUAGUACUUUUUAUACUUAGUCUUCAACUCUCCCUUUAAUCUCAUGAAAUAUUUAUGAUCACAGUUUUAUGAUUUGUUGUUUGUACUUAUUGAUUGUAGUUGGAAAGUUAGAUUUUAUUGAUGUAAAUUUUAUUAUCAGAAUUGAGUUGUCAGGUUAUACUUUGAACUGAUCUUUCUUUUGAUUAAGGAAAAAGUAGGUAUUCUGGAUAUAUUUCAUACGCAGUCAAAAUGUACCAAAGGAACGUUAUUUUGGUUACUUUUUAACAUUAUUUAUACAUACCAUUUAAAUGCUUUGAUAGUAGAAAUUUUCUAAGAAUAGUCAUUGAAUGAAAUUACCAAGCAAGUUUGUAGUUCAGUGAAAUGCAUCCAUCAAAGUUAAAUGCAGAAUUGAUGGCUUUAUAUAAAUUUGUGUGACUUUUUUACUUGGAGUAAUCUUUGUGAAGAUAAGAUCUAUAAGGGCUCUUGGUGUUUGCUUGAGUGGACACAAGAUGUGCACUUAAAUGUUAGUUCUGGGAUCUUAACAAUAUUUGAUUGUAUUUUACAUGUGUCAGUUCUGUUUGUUUAGCAGGUGUGUAUUGUCAAGAAUGUAAAAUUUUAUAGAUUUCCCUGGGAAAGUACAGAAUUUACUUUUGCCAGCAGAAAAUGUUCAGAUGGACCUUGUGAUGAACUUUGUAUUGAGUGUGAUUUAUUUUUACUUAAAACAUCACCAUUGCAAAUGAAAAGAGAGAGCAAUUGACUUUUUAAAAGACAAGCAUGGGCUGUGUUUGGAGGCUGAUAAUGAUGAGCUAAUUUUUUUUUCUUUCUUUCUUUCUUUCAUUUUAAUCAAAGUGAAGGGUGUGGUUUAAGAAUGAGCAGAACAUGAAAGUUUUGCUUUGUUAGUGGGGAAGGAUAACUGACAGCUAAAAGUAGUAGGCUUUGGGUAAACUGGGUUGUGAUGCAUGAGCAUACCCAGUGGGAAUAGUUUUGGCUUGUCUGAUAAUUGGAAUGAGUUUGGUAACAUUGCUAUAGCAGGAACUCAUGAUUUGAUUAAGGGAAUAGUGUAAUGGAAAGGAUCAGACAUUAUUCAUAAUAUGUAGGCAAAACAGGCCGAGAUUUUUUUUUAUGUGCAUUGUCUUUAUUUCUAUUCCCAACUGGACAACUUCACUACUAUAUAUAAAAAAGUGUUAGGAAUGUAAACCUUUAUUUUCAUUUUGAUGAGCAAAUAAGUACCAAUUUUUGGAAGAGCAGAAUCCUUGUUCUUGCUCCUAGGUGUUUUAUAAUGCCAGAUGGGUUCAUUCUAGGUUAGCAGGAAUUCCCCGAAAUUUCCAAAAGUAGCACGAAGCUAAUGCCCAACCCAUCCACAUACCCCCCUCCCCCACCCCCACCCAACACCAAUCAGGAAGUGUCUUGGACCUUAGAAGCCCUCAUAAUGUAGCAAUUUGUACUCCCUGUUUCUACAAGGCUUUACCCCCACCCCACCCCCACCCCCCAAAUACCAUCCCAUGUUUUCAGAAUUUUAUUUUAAUUUAUUGAAAAUAAAAAGUCUUUCUACGGCUUGUAUGAUUAUUUUCUUUUAUGAUUCUUAUUCUUGUUAUUGGUUUUUGGUGUGAUGUUGAUUUUUCCUCAUAAUGACUCCUCCCAAAGCAGCCCAGUGUCAUAUGAGAUGUCCUCUUUUUAUAAUGAAACAAUGUUGACUUUAUUCCACUACAGAUAUAAUUUUUGAUAGUUAUUCACAACCGACUUUUCACUUUAGGAUCAUUUGCACUUUCGCUGCAGCUAUGUGGUGAAUAUUUAUUUUACUUACACUGUUAAGAUAUUGAUUUUAAAAGAAGAGCUGAGCACUUUGUCUUGAUUGAAGAAAUCAGUAGUAACCAAAGAAGUGGCACAAGUAGACAAAUGCCUAUUGUAAAUUGUUUCCAAAAUUGUGUUGUAAAUCUCAUGCUAUUUAGAUAUUUUACAUUUCAAUAUUUUUGUAAGGAACUUGCAUACUCCAAGAACUUCCACCUUUUAUUACUACUGGAAAAAUGAUUUAUUUUACAAGAGUAUGUGCCAUAUUUCUUCAGGAAAAAUUUAUUAUUUUUUUCCUUUUAUAUCUAUAUUUAAGCACCUAUUUAUACAUACGUACAUAUAAUUUUUUAUUAUGAAUAUCAGCUGCUUCACAUUCAUUUCAAGGUUUAUGGUAAUGAUAGGCACCUUUUGCCUCAACACUAAUUGAAAGAACUGGAAACUUUGGGGACUUGUUCUUCAGUAGAUUGUGUUCUUGGAUCUUGCUUAUUAAUCUUUGUAUCCCACUGGCAUUUAAAAAAAAAAGUUUUAUAACCUGAUGUGUCACUUAGGACUGAUUAUACCACUUUCAUAAUGGUCUAAAUAUAGGUUUUCUAUAUAUAUUUUUCAUUUUGCCUUUUUAAUCAGCCAUUCUCAUUCAUAUGUACAUCAUCAUUGUCAUAACAUUUAUUCUUCCUCUCCAUUCCUGACACGCUGAUGUCGAGAUUGCAUCACCCAAUUUGCCUUUCCAUCAGCCCAGCCCAUCAUCUUUUUUCCACAUCACGUCAUUUUAAUCACAGUCAUAUCAUUUCAUCAUCCCCUCCCCCUUUCCCUACAUGUAAAAAAUGGGUCAUGUCACAUUGUAACCAGACCUUAGGGCAGCCUCUGUAAAUGUUAAGUUCUUUCUUAUAUCUGGUCAUUAGCUCAGAUCACUUACUCUGUAAACAACUCCCCUCCAGGUUUCCCCCAGCAUUAUCAUCAUGUCAGUAAUCACUUGUCUUGAGAUCAAUCUUCAUUGUUACAAUUGUAGUGACACCCGUCUGCCAGACUGUCAUUCCACACACUCACCGUAAGUGUAUUUGUCUCUAGGAGUUACCAGGACUGCAUCCUUCUAUCUCGGUAUGAUUGGUCUCUCAUGCAUAAUCCUAGCCGUUCCUUCAUCCCCUAACCCCAUGUUCUGUAAGAUUAAUCCAUUUUGUUCCACCUGUUCCUCCAACCUCUUCCUCCAACCUCUUCCAACUUUGUUCUUAUAACCAAUCAUUUUUUUCCCUUGUGUUCCAGAUCACAGGCAACUCACAUAUCUACUAAUAUAUCCUCCUCUCUUUUUUUGUGUUCUCUGUUCUUGUCCACUUUUAAAAAAGGAUUCCAUGCCUAUCUCCGUGUCCCUAUGACUAAUCAUUCAUGUACAUACUUGAUCAUUACCUGUGUUGACAUACAUCUCAUUCUGUUGAGUAACCAGCUACUAUAUUGUCUAAACAGGUCAAUGUACUGAAGUACCCAAAAUCUGUAGUAUCCUUCUUUUAGUCUUAACCUUUCUGCAACGUACAACUUUUUCCCAACUGUAGGAUGCGUUUCUAUGUUGUCUCCUUGAUAUUUUCCCUGAACGUAGCAUCCAAAAGGUCAUUAUAACUUGCUCCAGUGACCUUUAAUGCUCCAGUCUUUAACCACCAUGAACCCCCAGCACCAACUGCCUCCGAUCAGUUAACCUUUCCUUCGACUGCCAUACCCACAUACCCACUUCUCACCCAUGUAAAUACCUCUCCACCAACUUAUUUCCCACCUUUAUCUCAUGAAAGGUCCCUUACAACUUCGGCUUUUUUUUAAUUGUCUGCAAUGUACAUAAGAGGCUGCUUGUCGAUCUCCCCUUAGUCAUUUGUAUAAAGAAUUUACAAAUUAAAGAGAAAAUAUGUACA